UUGUAAAUGUGACAAAGAUUAAAGGUGAAGAUAACUGGCCUCAUCAUUUCUCCCAGAAUCAACACUUCUCCCCCAUAUGUCGACUUGGGCGUCAACGUUUUCAUAACUUCAGCAGCUCUUUCCUUGUAGCCUAGAUACGUCUUUAUCUACCCUGAGAGGAAAUCUUCCACAGUCUAAAGUACACCAGUGUUUACGCAACAUUAAACUGGUUACAGCCAGAUGUGCGUUCAGCCAACCUUCACGUGUAGGCUACUGCCGGGAUGAUGAACACAGCACGGGUCAAACGCAAAGAAUGUGAGUCUGAACCAGUUUUUCCAACGGUAUUCAUUACUUUGGUUCAGUAGCUACUUUCCUUCCCAUAGUAGACUACAGCCCAUGACGCGAAAACACGCCCGACGGCUUUAGCGGGAGGUGACCGAACAAGCUCGGUGAGGUGCAUGGAAGCUUACAGUAGGAUGUCAACGGGUGAAUUCAUUAGUGAGAUAAGCGUGUCGGAGGAAGGGAAAGCGAACAUCCCAACUGUUUUCCUUCAUCACAAGGACUUUCGCGGGAAAGCCUUUCAGAGAGAAAGCAGACUAUGGGAUGUGAGGGAAGUGGAACCGAGGCUGACGGACGGACAUCAGCAUGAUUUAGACCAUAAAAAUAAGCCUGACAGCAACUUCCUUGCACAGCUGUCACACAGCAUUGAACGGCCAAAAAAUACAGAAUCGCUCAAUGAGACUGUCCAAACCAAGGAGGGCAACAAAGCUUUUGGCCCGGAUGAAACUCAUCCUCCUCCAAAGUUUAGCUCAAUCCUUCAAUUUCACCACGCCUUAGUUGAACAAGACCAGGCAGCCCUAGGUGGAAAGUUCAGUGAGGAUAGUCCUACUGCAGUACAAAACACAGUCAGCAACACAGAGGUAAAUGAAGAAGAGUCUCCACAAAAUGGUUUUGGCAGUGAACUAUCACACUGCGCAGCUAAGGAAGGGGUGACAACAUCACAUUUGGAGAAUGAGAGGCAGACAUCAUUUCAAUCACAGACUGCAUUUGGAUCGGAAAACACUCCUCGGGAUUUAACAGAGGGGAUACAACGCACUUUCAUCUUAAAGAGGCAUAGAGAAACAGGAGAUCCUUGUGCACAAUAUACAGAGAAAGUGAUACAGAUUAGGGUCACUGAAUUUAUAGUUUCAGGCCCUGUGAAAAAACUAGGACACACAAAUCCAAAUGAACUGAGAAGUGAAUUCAGUGCAAAGUCCAAAAGUGAUUGCCGACCAAUUUCAUGCAAGCUCUUGGAGGAAAUCCUCCUUCCCUCUUCACAGACUUCUGAUUCUACGGUGACUAUUUUACAGCACAGCCAGGCUCGUUCCUCUCCAGAAAUGCUUACAUCCUCUGUAGUGACAGCACUUGCCCCUAACUGGAGUGCCCGAUACAAAAAACAGAAACAGGGUGUUGCAGAUGUAAGUUUAAAUGCUACAGAACAGGAACUGCAAAAAAAAAGGCAGGAAGUCCACCCACCUUCAGCUUUCCUUAGAAGGGAUGUUCCCCAACAACCUUUCAGUGGAGACCCUAAACCACUGAUAGGAGAUGUAUUUCCAGAAGUGAGCAAUAAGGAGAACGCCCUGUCCAUGACCAGCAGUAGAAGUUCUACUGAUUCACGAAGCGGGAGCAAUCUGUUCAACCUGAGGAACCACGGGCCGGCAAAGCGGCGUCUCUCAAAGACUUUUUCAACAGGGAUGAGUGGAGGAAAGACAGAUCGCAAAACAGACGUUGUCCAUCCUCCAACUUCACCAAUGGAUACGGUGAUGAGACCUGUGUCUCCCCAUUCUCUGGACCUCCGCUGGUCAAGGAGUAUUAGUCAGACAGGCCAGUUUUCCUGCCUGAACUCCACUCCAACUACUGGCAGCAUGCUUCUUUCGCUCAGGAAGAUGAACUUAAGUUCCAAAAGUGCAGGUACACCCUCGGAAGUGCACCCCAUUUCUCCAACCAACUCGCAAAAUGAAAAAGUGUUUAGGAUGUCUGAACCACUGUCUUAUGCGACAUUACAGAGGAACAGGGCAAAGUCACAUCUCAACCCAUCUCAACCCCUCUCUAACUCAAUAGACAAAGCGAAGGGGGCAUCUGAGAUCUUUCACUUUUCAACUUCCGCAGAGAACAGACAACAUGAGAGUUUCAGACCAUGUAUGUCUGUGUAUUCUAACAAUAACACUGAAAUAAUUAAGUCACCUAAAUUCAACAUAACUUACAGCACAGACAGUGGGCCGCCACUUACCUCGCCACGAUAUAGCAAUCUGAAUGUUACGAAAAACGAUCUACUUUGCACCGCUCCUGGAUCCAUGCUCAGACGGCAACAUACCAUACAGAGGGAUAGUCUACUGCAAGGUACACCCUCUCGCACUUCUGCAGUGAGGCGUACUGUGAGUAAUGUGUCAGACCUUCUAAACAACAACAAAGUUGGAACAAUGUUGACUAGUGACAGUAUGGGCACAACAUCACCCACAUACUCCUCAAGUAUUUACAGUGGAAUCCCUAAGGGAUAUGACAGACUCACUUCAAGUAACCUGAACACACUAACCAACCACACAGAUGCAAAUAUUUUAAGAAGUGCACAAAGCGUAACCAAUUUCAACAGUUAUUCCAGAUCAAACAAUAAUGGAACACAACAAGCCAAGUCAGUUGACAUACCUAGGUUGUCCAGGUGGUCAAACACUCCAUCCACAUUUAUAAGCUCCCAAAUCAACUCCCCAGUAUCCCCCAGGGAAGAGUAUGCUUUACAUCAGCCAGCCAACCUUACUUCACCUUUGGCAUCAAGAAAUGCCAGAAAUAAAACUACACUGGAACAACAGAGCUCUCUAAAUGCCUCAAGGCCCCUGUCUAUCAGAGAGACAAACAUCACAGAUAUUACACUCUGUUCUCCUGAUAAAAAUUGCACUCCAGUUGAGAGGGCUGCCACAUCCCCUUUGUGGCAAAGGAAUGUGGAGGAUCUUGCCCCAACUAGGAAACAAUCUCAGAGUCCAGCUGAGCCACCAGAUCCUCUAUCCCCGUCCAUACCCAUGCGAGGUAUACGUGCUCCAACCACAUUCUCAUCCCUCAGGCUAGGCAGUCCAACUUCACCCACUUCACCGACACCACCUUCUUCUAUGCUUCUGUCACAAAGAAGAGAGACUCGUGUCUCUUCACCACCACAAGAAAAGAACGAACAGCUGAGGAAGGGGUCUGAAGUAUUCUUAUGGGCAUACCUCCAGCCCAGUCUCCCGAUUUAAUUUUGAUCUAAGCACACAGGCAAGACAGAGGUCCAUCUCAAAGACAACAGACUCCACUGGGACUUCUGUGCCACUUGGCUCUUCCCAUAGCUCUGAAAAGAAUGAAAGGUCCUCCAUGAGUCCCUCCCCUUAUGUCAACCUCCUCUCUACCAGGCAGAAACCUAGUAGUGCCUCCUCUCCUCCGAUUCCCCAAAGCCAGCAGAGCUCUGGCUCAUUUGAUAGCACAGUGAACACUUCAGAUACACUGAAAGCAGGCAGGACGACUAUGUCCGCCCGGCGUUUACCAUAUUUGGUGGUGAAAUUAUCUGAGGAACAACUGAAUGCUGUUGACAAACAGCCGUUGCAAGUUAUGCAACAGCUUGGAACAUCUGAGCCAUUGUUAACUCAGGGAACUGUUCGACCAUGCACCAAUCAACCUGCUUCAACCACUUCAAAGUACAUCUCAGAUGCCAAAGGGAUUGAGAGCACAUCUCCUAGACUAACUUUUACGUUUGAAACACAGACUCAUAAACAAGAUGAAAAGAUGUCAGUUUUUAGAAGUGACAGCAUUAGCAAACUAUCUCCUGUACCAACUGAGAAACAUUCUCUUCAACUUAAUCAACCAAUUAGUAUCAGUCAGAAAGAGGAUAAACGCAAGAACAAGGAUAUAACAGAUUCACAAAACCAAAAGUGGAGUUUGUUUUCUUCAAGGAACCAGAGAGACAGUAGCUCUCGAGAGAAGGAAAAUAGACCACUGACACAAUCUUUUGAAAAAACCAAGAACAUUUUUGCUGGCAGUAGAAUGGAACAUAUGUUAGAUCGUUUGAAACAAUCAUUUAGUGUCAAACAUCGUGAGGAGGAAGCAGGUGUGAAAACAGAGGACACAUCUUUGCACCAGAGAUCUAGCAGGUCCAGUGUACCAGGGAGUCAAGGGAAAUUGGAAUCAUGGAGGCAGUCUGCAGAUAGAGAGGCUCCCUUCCACUCAGUCUCUAAAAAUACUGUUGGCCCUGGUCUGUUCAUACAAGACCAGAUAUCAACCAAACCACUGAAAAGAAAUGAAUCUGAUGAGUCACUUUUCAAGGUACCUCGAGCAAUGGUGGGUGAGCAUAAAACAAAACCACAGCAAAUACAUAGAAGCAGUCAUGUCAACCAGUAUGCCACUCUUCCGGCCAACUGGAAAACAUCCAAAGGUUCCUCCAACCUCAGCAGUCUCAUGGACUUUUAUGCAGAGGAUGUAGAAAGUGAAAGACAUUUUUCUUGCAGAAGUCAACCGAGGAGAAAAACUACGUCUUUGUGUGAAUCAAAGGAUGAUGACCACUUAAGCGAGGCUUUGGAUCAAGAGGUACUGCAGCCCAGCAGAGGACAGCUGUCUUCUUGCUCAGACAUUAAGUACCGUCUGAGCCCAAAGCGGUCCUUCUCUGUCUUUAGUGUACAGUCCAGUCGACCCUCAGGUACUGGACGCAUCUCAAGGUCAAGCUCAAGGGCAAGCAGCAUCAGUGACCUCACAUCUGCUGCUGACCUCAUGACCUUGGAUGACAUUGUGACUCAGGAGACCAUAGUCAACCCAGAUGACCCACAUAGUGGCGGAUACAGAGCCCUUCAGAUUGGUCAGAGAAAUGUAUCACCUGACCAGGUUUGGAGCUCAGCUAGUCUGGACAGAACCUCAUGUCCAUGGGAAAAUGAGCUUGACCCUACUCCUCCACCCUCUCCCACGUUUUCACCCACUACCAGACGUCUGUCACGAGCUCCCGGCUCAUCUUCUCAGGGCAGUCAGACUUCUCAAGGUAGUCUGUCUCCCAGGGGGGCACCUGCCAUCCAGGAGCUACACCUGCAAUUUGUCAGUGUUUGAGGAGUCAAGUUCCGACUCCACUACGACUGACGAUGAGUAUUACCUUGAUGAUGAUGAGAAUGGCAAAGAGACAGAGCUGUAGGUGGAAAUAUGAUCUGAGCUGUUUAUUUUUUGUUUAUUUAUUGUACACUUUUCAUUUUCACUGAAUGUUCGGUGGGCUAUUUACCAGAGGAACUACAAUUGCAUUGGGUUGAAUAGAUUUUGUAUGUAUGGAUGAAGUAAUACAAUAUAAGCAUUUGCAUGGUAAAGCACUGCAUAAAAACCAAUAUGUCAAAAAGAUCUUCUGGAUCAGUGUGAAAUUGUAAGGGACAUCAGUUGAUGUAAAUCUGUUAAGCUGUAAUUUCAUGACUUUUUUAUAUUUUAUAAAACACUUUAAUUAAAUUCUAACAGUUUAGUCUAAACCAUAACCAUAAUAAGUAGGACCUUCCAAUACAACCUCAGAUUUUGUUUAUCUCUUUUCUGAUGUGCUCUCCUCUUUGCCCCAGUGCUCUGCUGCAUAUGCACUGUAUCCAAGGCAAUUCUCAUAUUGUAUUUACAGAGGUGGGUUAAAGCUGAAAUAAACAAAAGUUUGGUCUAACUAAAUCAUCACUUGGAAGAGAGGUUGGGUGACGCAGCUUCAACAUCUGGUGUGAAGGGCGUCUACCAUAACAUGGUUAUGAUGAUGUCAUAUUAAAGAUCUGUUCCAUUA